UUGAGUUUGCCAUAAUUAUAUAUUCUGCCUUUAAACCAAAAAUUUGGUGUUUAACUUGACUGUCGCCGUCCCGUAUACGGGACACCUGUAUUUACUUCAAUAUUGUUGAGGUAAAUGUUAAUCUAUCACUACAAACUAUAUAUUGUUGGAAAGGUCUAAGCCUCUAGAAUACAUAUUUCAGCAGUGUUUUAUAAAAUAAAUUAUGAAGGGAGAGUAAUUGAUUCAUUUAUGAAGAGAGUGCGCCUCAAAACAUUUAUAUCCUGCUAAAUGUCACUGUCUUGCCAGCGGGGCGCCUACGUUUACUUCAGUGUUUUCCAUGUAAAUUCUUAUCCAAUCAUGACAAACUAUAUAUCAUUGGAAAGCUCUAAGAGUGUAGUUUUCAUGUAUCCUCACCAUUUUGGGAGAAUUAUGACGUAGUGAGACUCAGUUUCUAAAAUGUCACGGGCCCACUUGUAGGCCCAAUUUGAUUUUACAUAUGUAUAACACUAAACCCCUACUCUAAACCUAAAAAAUCUUGAUAAACUAUAUAUCACUGGAAAGCUCUCAGAAUGUAGUUUUCAUAUUUCAAGGUCAUCUGAUGAUAGAAAUAAUGUAGUGACAGUUUUUAGUUACAUGACCCCACCCCCCAUAGGAAUGCAUAUUAAUUUUAUAUAUUCAUAAUUCUAAUAUCAUAUUAUAAAUCUUCAAAAAUGUUGACAAACUAUAUAUCAUUGGAAAGCUCCAAGACUGUAGUUUUCAUAUUUCAAAACAUUUUAGCAGUAAUAAUAAUGCAGUGACAGUUAUUUAUUAAUUUGCAGCAAGAGUAUGCAGCAAACCGUUGACACCUAGUGGCCUUUGUUGGUAAAACGACAAAAAAAGUCACACAAACCUUAUUUUUUGUGAUUUUACUUUGAAAAUUGAAUCACAACAACUUGAGACUUAUGGCUUCAUUUUUGCAUUAUUUCUUUUUUGAAAUAUUUACAUUUUUAUAGUUUUAUUUAUAAAAUUAAUAUGUUAUGGAAUUAUUUUUAUUUAUUAAAAGAAAUUUAAACUGCUAUAACAUUUUUUCUGUUUAAUAUUUUUCAUAUCCAACCUUUAAUUGUCUUCUUCAGCAAAGGGGUUAAGAUAUUUCUUUAAGACAUGUUUCUAUAAUAUACUGUAAAUAAAACAAGCAUAUGUUGAUUGUCCACCACCCAAUUACUUUAUAAGCAGGGCAUUACAGAUAGGUUGCCAAGCUGUACCUGUAAGUGUCCGUUUUUGGUGCUGAUGGAUGUGUAAAGAUAUCAAGAUGGGCGUUUUUGUACCCUGGACAAGUGUAAGGUUUCUUGUGCUUGUAAGUUUCAUUUAUAAUUCAAGCUGCAGUUGUUUCUUCGGUGUGUAUAAGCUGAAACUUCAACCUUUGCCGGACCUCCUUGAAUCCUCCUGUUGCUGGAUUUUGCUGUAAGCUAUUAGAGCCGGCCGGAAAAUACGCGCGGCAUGGGGGAGGUUGUGAGACGGCGCCCCAUUAUUGCUGGCAGAGAAAGGGGUGAGUUUGUGAUUUCAAUAGAUUCAUUUGGGUAAAUGAUUGUGUUGAAAGAAUUAUUCUGCAAAGCAAGGAAGUCUGACAAUUUAUUUUAGCGCAGGGCUCUGUAAGCACAACGUUCUGCAAGGAGUUGAAACAUGCACUGCAUGCUCCCAUUUGGCUCUGGAGACCGGAUUGGCAGUUUGAUGAAAGAAACUGUCAGCUAGGUCUUUUAUUGCAACACCUGUUUGUAUCGUUCUGAGAAUAGACCUUUUUUCUUUUCUUUGCCGAAGCUUUAAAAAGGUUAUGUGACGUUUAGUGUGUAUGAAAAGUCAUAUGAUUUCAAAUGGAAGUUUACAGUCAGGCCCCUCUCUCUAGGACUUUGGAAAUGUGCGCAGCAUGUGUGACCUUUCAUGUCUCAAAUGAGUAACAUUCCACAAUUUUAUUUUCAAUUUAAUGAUAAAAAAACGAAUCCGAGGAUCAUAGCCAGCAGCUGUAUACUUUAUACUGACUGUCACCAAAUUAAUCAUCCUAAGGAGGCGUUUGUUUUCUUUUUGUAAUUAUUUGUUAUUAUACACAAUAAUUGUUAUGCACAAUCAUUUUUUAUACAGCCAUAAAAUGCUAAUAAAGCACUGUUAACCAGUAUUUAUGAAUCAUUUACCAACAGAGUUAAAGUCUCACUCUUUGUGUUUGUUUAUGCCCACAGGGCCCGGGCCUGGGCGCUAUGCUCUUCCCCCCACUAUCGGUUACAUAAACCAUGACUACACCAAACCAAGCAGCCCGGCCUAUUCCUUCCACAGCCGCAUGAGCAGCAACAUGGUGUCUGUUGACUCCAGUCCGGGUCCUCAGUAUCACAUAGAUGCCAAAGUGACACGCUUUGGAAGAGAUGGUACUCCGUCGUACUCCAUGCUUGGAAGAAACAAGAAGGCAGGUGAAACAUUUCAGACUCCUGGACCAGGAGCUUACAGCCCUGAGAAAGCUCCACCUUUAAACUUGCACACCAGACCUCCAUCUUACACCAUGGCGUUUCGUACACGCUACCGCACUGUGGAUGCUGUACCUGGCCCCAACCGCUACACCUUGCCCAAUCUCAUUGGCUCCCACGUCCCCCACAAACCGUCUAGCGCCAGCUUCACGAUGUCAGCACGCAGGAAAACAGGAGGACCAUCAGAAGACCUGUCCAUGACCCCAGGACCUGGCCGGUACAACAGCACAGACCCUAGUGUUUUCCUGAACAGACAGCCAUCAUUCUCCAUACAAAGCCGUCCUUAUAUUCCUACCGAUGCCACUCGGAAGCCUGGCCCAGGUACACACAGCCCGGAGAAGGUGAUGACACACCUGCCACGUGCACCAUCUUUCUCUCUUGGUAUUCGGCACUCAGAGUUUGUGACACCACUGAUCGUUCAUGUUUCAGACUGAAGAAUCUCAUUCAGUAUUUUGCUGACAUUCCCACCAAAUUCAAGAGUUGGAUUUGUACAUGUUAGUAAAAUAUGUUUACAAGGUCUAAUGGCAGGUGAAGUCAGUCUUCAUUACUUUAGAUGUGGUCUUGUGCAACAAAUGUAUUAAGAAACCCCCCAAAAACUCUUCAUUCCCAAAAUCAGAAAAUAGAAAUUCAGAAAAUUCAUAUUUGAACAUACAGAUUUUGUCUUUAUCUGCCU